CAGCCAAUAACGGAGCUGAAAGUUCCCGACGAGUUGAGUUGCUCUGACGGCAUCAAAACAUUACUUGACGCGCUUGUAACUCGAUCUCAAGGCGGUGAAGGGAGAGAAAAGGGGGGCUGGGGGAUUGUUUUUUUUUUUUUUUUUUUCGGGGGGAAUUAUGUUGCCACAUCGCUGGAACACAAAAUUGUGGAAAAUGGCCAUCAUGGUCCUCGUCGCGCUGCAAAUUCUCAGCGCCGCGCUGGUGACGGCUUCGCCUCCGCGAUGUGACUCCGGGAUUCGAGGUCACUGCAAGCCAGUCGUGGAGGAGAAACCCAAAUGCGAGGAGAUGCAGCUGUCCUACUGCGACAACAUGGGCUACACGGAGACCAUGUUCCCCAACAUCCUGGGCCACGCCAACCGCCAGGAUGCUGAGAGCGGCGUGGAGUACCUCCUCAUGAGCGUGCUGGAGUCUCUGCUGGGCGGCGAGUGCCACCUGGACGCGCGCAUGCUAGGCUGCGCCGUGCUGGCGCCACGUUGCGAGGGGGAUAAAGUGCUGAAGCCGUGCCGGCGGGUUUGCGAGGCGACGCGCAAACGCUGCAUCCACGCCUUCGAGGGAAUCCAGAUGGCCUGGCCUUACUUCCUGGACUGCGACCGCUUCUUUGUGAGCGACGAGGAAGGAUGCUACGACCCGCUCCAGGACCUCAGAGCACAAGCGGACGGAGAUGAAGACUACAUGUUCUUGGACGGGCCCCCGGUGGAACCGGCCCUGAAGAUCAAAUACACGUAUCACUCCAACGCGCAGCUCAACAGCAUCUUGAAGCGGACGGAGCAGGAAUGCGCCGACAUCGCCAAAACCUACAGCAUCGGCCGCAGCACCGAGGGCAAAGAACUGCUGGUCAUCGAGUUCUCCGACAGCCCCGGUCAGCACGAGCUGCUGGAGCCGGAGAUUAAGUUCAUCGGCAACAUGCAUGGGGACGAAGUGGUGGGCCGCCAGCUGCUGGUCUACUUGGCGCAGUACUUGUGCUCCGAGUACCGCCUGGGCAACGAGCGCAUCCGGACCCUGGUCAACACCACGCGGAUCCACAUCCUGCCCUCCAUGAACCCGGACGGCUACGAGACGGCGUUUUCCGGACAGCAGGACAGGAACAGCGGCGUCGAGGACGACGACGACGACCAAAUGGGUCGCACCUAUAGCGCGUCCAACGUUGGCCGGAACAACGCCCAGAACGUGGACCUGAACAGAAACUUCCCCGAUUUGACAUCCAUCGUUUACGGCCGACGCCGACAAAAGGGCCACCGCACCGACCACGUCCCAAUCCCGGACCAUUACUGGUUCGGCAAGGUCGCGCCCGAGACGUACGCCGUGAUGAAAUGGAUCCGCUCCGUCCCGUUCGUGCUCUCGGCGAACCUCCGCGGCGGCGAUCUGGUGGUGUCCUACCCGUACGAUCGCUCCAAGCACCCGCUGGAUCUCAACCUGUUUUCCGCCACCCCCGACGACAAGGUAUUUAAGUUUCUGUCCAGAAGCUACGCCAGCACGCACGAAAGCAUGUACACCGGAAACACCCGCUGUGGAUCGGCACACCCGCACAGUCACAGAGGAACGGUGAACGGAGCGGAGUGGGCGAGCAGCUCCGGAGGCAUGCAGGAUUUCAACUACCUCCACACCAACUGCUUCGAGGUGACCUUGCAUCUGGGCUGCGAGAAAUUCCCGCCCGAGGAGGAUUUGUUCAUCAGUUGGCAUGAAAAUCAGGAGGCGUUGAUGUCGUUCAUAGAAGCAGUCCAUCGCGGUAUCAAAGGCAUCGUAAGAGACGUGGAGGGAAACGGAAUAAAAGGUGCGAGGAUAUCAGUGCGAGGAAUACGCCAUGACAUCACCACAGCUGAAAACGGAGAAUACUGGCGCCUGCUCAGCCCCGGCGUCCACAUCGUGUCGGCCUCGGCGCCCGGGUACACUCGAGCGGCCAAGAAGAUCCACCUGCCUGCCAUGAUGCACUCGGCCGGGCGGGUGGACUUUGUGCUGGAGAAGACGGCGCUGGAGCCCGACCAGCUGGAGGAGGAGGCCGCCGCUGUCGCCGCCUACGAACGCUUCGACCCCAACAACCAGUACGAACGCUACACCCAGACGGCGGACGUCAGCCAGAGCCGCCCGGAGAGAGUGGAGAAGCCCUGGUGGUGGAACUACUUCGUCUUGCCGGGUGCGCCGUCUCCGACCUGGUUGCUGUUGAGCCACUAGCUCGCCUUUUCGUGCUCGAAACGGGAGCAUAACGCCGCUUAUAAACCAAACAAACCAAAAAAAAAAAAAGAAAAAACAGGACUCAAGCUCACUCAUUUCUUCAAAUAAGAGGCACCGUAUCCUCGCUUCAAGCGGUUUGUUCGGCGCUCUCUGUACGUAAAACUGAAUUAAUUCAAGGCCCGGGAAACGGACGCAAAAAAAAAAAAAAAAAAAAAAUGUCUUGUAAAUUUCACACGCCGGAGAGAAUGUUGUUAACAAGUCUGCCAGAUUUGAACGAAUAAGAAAGUAUAUUGAACCAAGAACUGAGCCGCUGGCCACAAGAAGGCAACCCGAGUCGUUUAUUUUUUUCAUUUUUUUUGUAAUAU